GUCCGUAGAUUUUUAAAUCACGUGACCACACUAGGUUAAAAUGGCGGAGGUAAUUUGAGACGGACCUGUCAAAAUUCCGAUCAUAUUUUAGCUUAUUCUCUGCAGCAUCAUUGAAUAGGUGAAAUUUCUCCGAAAAUUUGUCAAGGUCUCUGUGAUGAUCAUUUGGACAUUUGAUUGAUAAAUACAUCCCAGAGAUGAUUUGGCUAGAAGCGAGGAGACAGUGAUCCUCAGUUGAGUGUAUUGAAACAUCACUUCUGGACAUUAUUGGAUUAUUGUGCACAUUUUGAAGUCCAUCUAUGCCAGGAAGGAUUGGUGUUCAUUCCCCCUUAUCGACUUACGAUACUAAGCCUCAUUAUGGCACAUCUUACACUGACACCUAUAGUAGGCCCCUCAGUAACUCUAGCUCUCGCUCACUCUCACAAAGCAGAGUACCUGAUAGGGGGCGUUACUCAUCAUCAUUUGAUUCUUCGUCCACCCUGACGAGGUCAAGACCUUUACCUGCUGGUCCAGGCCCUCAGGAUGAAUAUGGCAGGAAGUAUGAAUUUAGACCAAAGUCUCGCAAUAGUUCUGUGUCAAGAAUUGGCCCGCUUAAAGCAGACCAUAACUCACCGAUUAAAACUAGUUCAUAUAAUGGAACUUCAGAUUGUGCAUUGUUAAACAGGCCAAAAAGGACAAAUAGUGUACAUAAUUUAUCUGCUGAAUUCGAAAGAAAACUGAGCACUAGCAAAACUUCAUCUGUUGCUUCCAGUAGGAAAUAUAAUAGUAUAGGUGAUAUCAAAUCUAGGACUAGAAACUAUGAUAGCAAGGUUGAUGAUGUGUAUGAAAACAGCGUGCCUGAUGGAGUCACAUCUCCUAGUAGAUAUCUUAGUAGGACUAGUAGCUAUGAUUAUAAAUCAACAAGGGGCUCUGAUAGGACGUCAUCUCUCCCACCUGUCACACACACAGAGCGAGGGAGGGCUCGGGAAAGGAUCAGUGAUGAUGUCACAUCUACGACUUCAGAACGAAUAUCUCGCAGAAGCUCAAGUACAUCAGCUGCUAGUAUAAGUUCACAGGGUUACUCAUCACCGAGGCAGUCAGGAUCUACCUGGGAACAAGGUGGCAAUGCAGGAAUGCGUAAUCUAGGAAAUACAUGCUUCAUGAACUCAGUGCUGCAAUGCCUGAGCAACACAAAGCCCCUCCUAGAGUACUGCAUGCAAGAACGUCAUAUCAUGGACAUCAACAAAACUACAAGCAGCUUAAAGGGGGCUCUUAUCAAUGCGUUUGUCUCUCUGUUGAACAGUAUAUGGAAAAGUGGAGAGUCUUACGUAGUUCCUACCUCACUCAAGGCCCAAAUACAGAAGUUUGCACCACGCUUUGGAGGAUAUAAUCAACAAGAUGCCCAGGAGUUACUAAUAUAUGUGUUGGAGGGGCUACAUCAGGAUGUCAACAGGGUAACUACCAAGGUGAAGCGUGAGAUCAUUGAUGACAAGCAGCUAGAGGGACUGAACACUUAUGAGCAAUCUCGCCUUUAUUGGAGGAAUUAUACCAAAGUUGAUGACAGCUUCAUUGUAGAUACGUUUGUAGGCCAAUUGCGGAGUACUCUAAGAUGUACAGAAUGUGAACAUAAAUCUCUAACAUUUGAUCCUUUCUGGGAGCUAUCUGUGCCAUUACCAAAGAGAGGUUACUCAGAUGUCUCCUUACAGGACUGUUUCAACCUCUUCACUGUGGAGGAAAUGCUGGAGGGAGACGAAAGGCCGAAAUGUGAGAAGUGCAAAACACGUCGUAAAUGUGGCAAAAGCUUCAGCAUACAGAAGUUCCCGCAAGUGUUAGUUGUCACGUUGAAGAGAUUCUCUCAGGAGAGGUUCAUGAGGAGCAAGCUGUCCACCAAUGUCACCUUCCCUGUCAAUAACUUAGAUCUCACCGAAUAUGCUGCUGACAAAUCUGGAGGUCCCUUUAUCUACAAUCUCUAUGGUGUUAGCAAUCACUCUGGGAGCACAUACAGUGGCCACUACACAGCAUAUGCCAAACACCCCUAUAAUCAUCAAUGGCAGCUCUUCAAUGACACAAGAGUCAGCAAGGUUUCAGAGCGACAAGUUGUUUCCUCUGAGGCAUAUCUCCUGUUCUAUGAACUGACAUCCAGUGGAACACGAUCAUCACGUCUAUGAGACCAAGCCAGGAAUCAUCAUCUUGUAUCUAUAAUUACCUACUUUCAUCAAUUUACAUGUACUCAACUAGUAGUACUGUACAUUUGCCAACUUAUUGUACAUGUACUCCUCUUUUACAAUUACUCAACUUAUUGAAAAUGUAUUCAGUGUACAUGUCAUCUUACUUACAUAUACUUAAUUAUAAAAGUUUACACAAUUACAUUUACAUCUACUCGACUUCAAAAAGCUGUGAAAGGAAUUACAGUGCAGUAGCUAGAUAUGACAUAAAUGUAGAAUGUCAAGUUGUACAUAAUGUACAUCUACUAUCUUGUUGUACAUAAUGUACAUACACCAAGAGAAUUUAAAGACCCUGGCAAUGCACAAUAACUCUGUCAUUGGCCAUGUUAUUAGAAUAUACAGUAGUUAUGAUUUAAAACUAUAGCGGUGUGAAUGUACAGUAUGCAUUGCAAGACUACAAUAUUUUCUACUUUGCACAAAUGCAAAGAUUUACAUUAAAAGUCUUCAUGAAUCUGAAGUCAAAAAUAAAUUAAUCAAAAAUUAACAUUUGUGAAAUGUUUCUAUGGUUGUUAAAUUUUUAUCACAAAAUUAUUUAUUGAAUGUUAUUAAAAGUUAUAAACUUUUUCUAUCUGUUUUUUAAGAUAUAUCUAAAACAUGAGAUUCAAAUGUAUUUAUCAUUUCCGUCUUGAGGUUUUUCCUACACAGGUACAACAUAGAUUCCCUCCUUCAUCAGUCUGAUAUACUGCGCUAAAAGUUGGUCUUAUUUGAGGUUAAUGGUUAUUAUGUCACCACCACAACUGUUGACAUAUUGUUA